AUGGAAUCGAGUUCUCUGCCUUCUUCUUCCUCAUCAUCUUCCAAUUCCGAUUCUGGUGCGCAUUUGGCGGACGCUUCUUCGAACAAGAAUAUGAACCGAAUGCUCACUAAUUUAAUGGCGGAAGCCGUCGGCAGUAAUGGCGGAAGCGGUGACACCUCCUCUCUAUCAGUCUCUGUCGUCAAUAUUGACACCAUCAAUUCACCGCUUCCUAUGGACACUGAUGUUCAGAAAUCUGAUCGCAAGCGUAGUGCUGAGCUAAUAGGUGAGGAGAUGAGAUCGAAGGUCUUGGCCGUCGAUCCAACACACUCUAAGAAUAAUUUAUCGAAUAAUGUAUCUGAAUCCCACUUAGAUGCGUCGGCGUCGACGUCCGCCAAAACGAGGAAUGUCUCGAUUAAUAAAUACUCUAAAAAUGACAUUCCCCCUUUUGUCAUAUAUGUAUACUCGGAUAAGUCCACGCCGACGCAUUUUUCUGUACUCUCUCGCGUUGUUUCUGAAUCUAUCAGGAGUGAUAUUCUUUUCAUUAAGAGGCUUGGCGCCGGUAAAGCCAUAAUAGAGGCUAAGACUGCAGACGCGGCUAAUCGUUUGAUCUCUAAUCCUGUCUUCGAUAAAAACGGCCUUCAUUCCACCCUUUAA